AUGUCAUCUGAGCUUGAAUUAUUGAAACAGCGUAUCACUGAACUUGAAGCAAGCUUGAGGCUGAGAAUGACGCAGGGCAAUAGCUUUAUUAGUAAAUAUUCGACGCGCAGAAGAGUUUGGUUUAAAAAACCUUUAAAAAAGAUAGUCAAAUAUUUAGUUAGAGAUCCAAUACUUUCUACCGAAAUACCGAAAUACAAAGUGGAGAAGCUGAAACAAGGAUCUAUCGUAAAAGUUAAUAUUAGUAUCGAAAGCAUAUGUUAUAGAAGGCUGAGGGACUUGCAAUUCGAGAUCGUCAGGCGUAAAGCCAACUAUAUUUCUUCCGGUAGAUCAUGUGAAAAGCAAGAUAUAAAGCAUGUAGGAGUAUGUGGAAGUUCAGUCAACUUUCCACCAAAAACUUUUCCAGAGAAAAUAACGCAAAAUAAGCUUCGUGAUGAAAAAAUUAGCGGUCAUUCAUUUCUCAAUCUAACCGGAUGGGAAUUUAAGAAUUACAGAAUGACCUUAGGACAAGCAUUAAAACUCGAAGAUUACAUUAAGGAGCUAAUCUUAUUUUAUAAAAUCAAAGAUAAUCGAAAAGCAGGAUUAGCGGUUUACCAUGUGAAAGGGAGGGCUCAAAAUCAGACGACCUCUCAACUA